CGACUCUAUAGAGUACUCGAUCAAGAACUUGUGUGUGAAUCCUUCUAUCUACCUCCACGACCCCGAUCCCGAUCCAUAGGAAUGAUCCCAAGUACCGUAGUACUUGUAGCUUGCAUGAUCACCUAGCUCGUGGCGUGAUUUUUUCUUUUACGUCAUUCCUUAUGUUUCACAAGAUGAGCAGGCGACUGUAGAUGAAAAGUAUAGGGCACAUGUAAGUUGCUCGCGCACAAUUUACCGUUCGUGCUACCCCAUGAACAGUCGGAUUAUGAAGUAAGAGAUAAAAACUUUAGUUUCACGGAUAGGUUUAAGUGAAACUCGAUCCUGCUGUUUUCUGACUUUUUUGCACCCGAUUUUUCCUCUUUUUCAAAAUGGCGAAGAAAGUUCUGAAAAAGAAAAAGCUUGUGGCAAAGACCACCAUCGGCGAUAGUAAAAAAACCACGAGGGCAAAAACGAAAACCACUACAGCGACAGAAGCGACACGUUCACUGGAAAACAAGAGUAAACAACAUGUACCAGAAGCGCAAGAACGAGUUGUCACAGACGAUGAAGAAAAAGAAGGAGGAGAAGCGCCGCAAGAAGUUCUAAGGCCUGCAAAGACUACUACUGUUCCCAGCACUACAGCAGCUACAUCGACAAGAGCGAGCGAGAACAAAACCGCUGCGUCACGAGAGGUGAAAAAAAGCAUGAAGAAGGUGAAAAAGCAAUCCGGAGCGAAGCAGCUGACUGCCGGAACUACAACCGGGAGUCGGUUCUCUGCCAGUUCAAGUGAAGUCGGUGCGUGUAGUGCCUCGUCGUCCCGCGGCCCCUGGCACGGGUUUUCCGAGUUGCGGGUCGUGAGCAGUAGCAGUGUGUUGGAAAAGGGAACGAAGAGGAAAACAGCAGGACGAGCAACAACUGGCUGUACCACCAGGGCGAAAAGACCACACAACGACGACGACGACGACGAUGGAGCAGAAGAAGUAGAAGCAGACCAGCCUUUGUUUUUGCACCGGGAGGUGCUUUUGCUCCUCAGAAAGGACGAAGCGGACCCCAACGUGUUGUUCGUCACCCAUCUCGACGACCUGACGGAGCACGAGUUGAAGUGCUGCUUUCAGCAAUUCGGGGAGAUUGAGUCGUUGGUGGUCAAGGAAAUGGAGCAGCGGGCCAGUUAUCUGAAGAAAGACGGCGUGGUCACGAAGGUACGACGUAUUUGAUGAUAGAGGGCUGAUAUGCAAGAAAGAACAGCUCCGCAAACUAACUGGGCCCUUAAUAUGUUUCUCGCAUGUCAAUUAUGAUUACGUACCCCGUAUGCUACUUCGAUUUGUGCAUGAAAAAAUCUAGCUUCCCCGUUGUCGAAAGAAUUUCUGCAAAACAAAAAAACCGUAAACACCAACCUUUGAAGUAGCAGUAGGUUCCAUUUUUAUUUCAUCAAACCACAAAUCGCAGACCGCCUUCGCCUUGGUCCGGUUUGACAAUUCGCAAUCGGUGCGGGAAGCGCUCCAAAAAGCGGACAGUGGAGUAGCUGCGGCGCAGCGAGGUGGUCCUAGUCGUAGUAGAGCAACCAGCAGAAUAGUAAACUCGGACGUUGAAGAGGAACGCGAGCAGAACGACAUCUACUCUAACGUAAUCCUGGUGCCGGAAAUCGCGAAGAGCCUCGAAGAGAACUCGCUGCUGCGGCAAGCGCUGUUGAAACUGAAGAAAAAUUUCUACCCGGACCCUGCGGAGUUGCAACAGAAGUACGACAAGUUCAUGCACGAGUUCGAGAAACAGCAGGAGGAGCGGGAGAAGCAGCUGAAGCAGAAGCAAAACGUCCCCGACGAGGACGGUUUUGUGCUGGUGGAUUCCAAAAAGGCCUUCAAGCCCGAGCGCAUGGUCGGGGGGCCGGCCGGACCCGCCGCGGCGGGGAUUUCAUUCAGCCAGAACGCUGCAGGAGGCGGAGGAGGAGCAUUGAAUACUUCCUCGGGCGGGUGGAACAACAGCGGUUUAAACUUGAUGAACACGUUACACAACAACGAUUUUGGGUCCAGCGGGACGUCCGGGUUGUCCCGGAAGCAGAGAAGGAAAAAGGAGAAGAAGCUCGAGAAUUUCUACAAUUUUCAGGUCAAGGAGAAGCGGGCACAAGAGAUGAAACUGGAGGAAAAAAAGUUCGACGAGUUUGAAAGGAGCGGAAAGGCGAAGAAUUUGGCGCAGUUGGUGUGAUGAUGGUGAUGUUGAUGUUGAUGAAGGGAGUUUUUUCAGCAAAGAAUCAUCCUCUGCACAGAUCCUUUUGGGAAGACCGAUAGUGUAGUCUCGGCAACACUUCUUCAUCGUCAUCAGAAGGAUUCUUGCAUUGGUCCUCCAUAGGUAGCACCUGCUUCCGCAUUGUUCACAACUGCGCAACCUACAGCUACACCGCAAUGACGGCUGCUACGUAAAUCAUCAAAUCGAGUCGUGUUAGAAAUGUUGGCUAUACAAAGCAAGGUAAAAAAUGGC